GGGGUGGCGAUCCGGAGUUGGCAGGACGGAGGAGGACGGGGUGGCAGCCAUGUUUUCUCUUCUCUCUAUCUUCGGGGUUUUUCUGUUGCUUUGUACUUUGCUCCUCUUUGGCGCGGUGUACGUGGAAUCCCGGAAAGCGGAAUAUCCUCCGGGAAUUGCCUGUUCAGCAGAACUGCGAAGUCUCUACAGAAUUCUGAGUUUCAUGUCAGUCCUGAGCCGCACUAUGGAAACGUUCGGGAUUUGCACGGAGAUCGGUCUUUACCACCGUUUGGCCAAAUUUUUUCCGAUGAAGUCAGAAGAUGAUCCCGAGCUCUUCACGAAGGAUCUGGAAUUUGAAGGCGUGCCUGUGAGAGUCUACCAGCCCAGAGAUCCGUCCGCCGGGGACCGGAAAGGAGUCCUCUUCUUCCAUGGCGGAGGCUUCGUGUUCGGAAAUCUUGAUCAAUAUGACAAACUUUGCGGACACAUCUCAAAGAGGGCCGGAGUUGUGCUGGUGUCAGUCGGGUAUCGCCUGGCCCCAGAACACCUGUACCCCGCCGCAUUCCAAGAUUGUCUGACCGCUUCCAUCCACUUCCUGAGGACGGCGCUGGAUUUCGGGGUCAAUCCCUCGUCUGUCAUCACAUGUGGGGACAGCGCGGGUGGAAAUCUCGCGGCUGCGGUAUCACAAGCUCUGGUGACCAGGAAGGAUAUUCCUAGACCUCUCGCCCAGGUGAUGAUCUACCCCGUACUCCAGAUGAUUGACUUCAACUUACCUUCAUACCAACAAAACCGCGCUGUGCCCCUCCUACUGCGAGACCGCGCCCUGUUCUACCUGCUGACCUAUGUAGGAAGAGGGGACCUGUCUGUCUCCAGAGACGUGCUGAACGGCAGCCAUGUCCCUCCAGAUGUGAGGAAGAAGUUCUCCAAGUGGCUGAGUGUGGAUCAUAUCCCGGAGGAGGUCGCGGGGUACAUGAGGCACACGGGGUACACGCCGCACACCAUGGCCGCCUUCGACAAAAAUCUGUAUGAGAAGCUCAAACAAGUCCUUGAAUCUUCGUGUUCUCCUCUGGUGGCUGAUGACGCCGCGCUUCGCCUCUUACCAAAAUCUUAUCUCCUAACAUGUGAGUUCGAUGUUCUCCGUGAUGAGGGGAUCCUCUACAAGAAACGUCUGGAGGACAAUGGGGUGUCCGUCACCUGGCACCAUAUCAAAGAUGGCUUCCAUGGACUCCUCAGCUUCUAUGACCAGUGGGCCUGUGAAUCGGGGAUACGAGCCAUGGACAGCAUUGUUGGCUUCAUAAAAGAUGCCUGAGAUGUGUCCUGAAUGUGACUGGGAACGUCUGUGUGAUGAAGGUUGGAUCACCCAAUAGAAAGGACAUUCCAUCUUCUCUCCAUUCACAUCUACUCUCCAUUCACUUCCACUCUCCAUUCACUUCUACUCUCCAUUCACUUCUACUCUCCAUUCACUUCUACUCUCCAUUCACUUCUACUCUCCAUUCACUUCUACUCUCCAUUCACUUCUACUCUCCAUUC